GGGAUGAAGUGUUCAUGUUGGUGGCCCACCUCUUCUUUGCUGAUACAAAUUCAGUAAUUAGAAGUAGAAGAGAUGGCAGCAUAUUGGUCUGGGCCUCUCCUAGUCCUGGGGUUGUUGAUCCUGCAAAGCCCGUCAUGGGCAGUGCAGGGGGACGAUGCGCCUCCUCCAGUCUUCUUCUUUGGAGACUCAAUCUUGGACGUCGGUAACAACAACUACCUUGAUACGCAGGCCAAGGUCAAUGUGACCCCUUAUGGUAUUGACUUCCCUGGUGGGAGGCCUACUGGAAGGUUUACUAAUGGCCUCAACAUUGCAGACUUCUUAGCUAUGGAGGUGGGAUUGAAGAGGAGCCCACCAGCUUUUCUCUCCCUCGUAGGCCGAGACUUCCACAAGCGUGUCUUCCAAGGUGUCAAUUUCGCUUCAGGAGGAUCGGGCAUUCUUGAAAAGACCGGCAGCAUCUUUGGACAAAAUCUACCGUUGAGCUUACAGAUCUUCCAGUUCACCACAGUCUACAACAACUGCACCAUCAGAGUAGGUGAAGCUCAGGCCCAAGCAAUGUUGGCCAACUCUCUCUUCUUCAUAAGCACCGGAAGCAAUGACAUCAUGCAAAACUUUAAUCCCUCAAAUCCCCCGACCUCAGACCAAAAGGACGAGUUGGUCGCGACUCUUGCCUCAACCUACAAGGCACACUUACAGGAACUUUAUAACAUCGGUGCGAGGAAGUUUGCGAUAUUGGGUCUGUCAAAGAUUGGGUGUAUCCCGUCGCAGAGGUGGCAGAACGAGACUGGAGGCUGCAUGGAGGAACUAAAUGAUGUGGCCCUAAGGUUCGACAAUGUCAUGGAAAAUGUAAUGUGUCAGCUUUCCUCAGAGUUGAGUGGAAUGAAGUACUCGUUUUAUGUUGGGUUUGACGUGUUCCUUGAUGGGUUCGCUGAAAUGGAGAUUGCUUGCUGCGGAUCAGGCAAAUUCAAUGGCGAGGCCCCUUGCUCUCCAAAAGCCAGUAGUUUAUGUGCCGAGCGCAGAGACUAUUAUUAUUGGGAUGCCUACCACCCAACGCAGACAACAGCAAGAAUGGUGGUGGACGUCAUGUACAAUGGCUCCCCACAGUACGUUGUUCCCAUCAACUUCAAGCAAUUAUGGAUGUCUUAGAGAGUGAGAGAGUCAUGAAGAAUGCAUUGUUUUGGUAUGAGUUCUGGUCUUUCAAAUUAGUUUUUAGUCCCUUUUUUCUUCAUUCUUUUCCAUUCUUUUGUGGAUGGAGUCCAACAUGCUUGUCAAAGGAACUGGCCUUUUGUUGGCCAUGAUCGCCCUUUUUAUUGUUUCCUCCCUUUGUGAAUGAAUGGUCAAUUGGUUUCCUUUUUCUUUU